UGAAUAAAUAAAUAAUAAAGUGGAGAAAGUGUGAAAGUCUACAGUUCCUCCACUUUUGUAAUUAAUAUCCACUUUCCAUGAAAAGUGGGAAUUUUACGGUUACUGUGGCCCUUAAGGCCUUAAAACCGUCUUCUCCCUCAUCUAUAUGCUUCAUCAAAAUACAUCACUCCCACUCCCUGUUUCAGCUUCUUAAGCAAUUUCCCAGUUAAAACUCCUCAAAAGUCAAAACUAGAUCCAAGAAUGCCCAACUCCUUCCACCUUCUCUUCAUCUCCCUCCUCCUUUUCUUCACCUUCAUCUUCACUUCCGAUGCCACCCAACUCAUUGUAGUGAACAACUGCAAGGUUCACAUCUGGCCGGCCAUUCUUGGAACAGCCGGCCACCAAUCACCAAAUGACGGCGGUUUUCCUCUUUACAGCGGCCAACAAGUGGUGGUGGAACUCCCCCAGUGGUGGUCGGGAAGGAUAUGGGCCCGACACGGCUGCUGCUUUGAUCAAACUGGUAGAGGUUCUUGCCAGACUGGAGACUGCAACGGCCAAUUGCAUUGUGCGGGCAUCGGGGGCCAGCCACCUGCAACCUUGGUCGAAAUGACUCUUGGAACUUCCACAAAUCCCAUGCAUUAUUACGACGUCAGCUUAGUGGAUGGGUUCAACCUCCCGGUGUCAAUGAUCCCAGCGGGCGGUGGCUCCGCCUGCGGCGUGGCAGCGUGUGAGGCGGAUGUGAACAUGUGCUGCCCAGAGAAUUUGGCGGUGCGGAGAGAGGGGAAGGUGGUGGGGUGCAAGAGUGCGUGUUUGGCCACUGGGGCCGAUAGAUAUUGUUGUACGGGAGAAUAUGCGAGCCCGAAGACAUGCAAGCCUACGGCUUUUGGACAUUUGUUCAAGGCUAUAUGCCCUAGAGCUUACAGUUAUGCUUAUGAUGAAUCUAGUGGGCUAAAAACAUGUAGGGCAAGCAGGUAUGUCAUCACAUUCUGCCCUCCCAAUUGAGAGAGGGGGAAGAACGAAAUUUACUUCCCAUGAAGAAAUUUAUCAUUUAAUUUCAUCACAUAUGUAUGUUUGAUCCACUUAUUGUAGGAUUUCUUAUUUAUGCUGUCCGGUUUUCUUUUAUUCAAGGGCUUGUACUUUCAACUAUUAUAGUUGCUUAUUUUUUGUUGAUGUUGUCUUCGAUGAUUUUUGAAAUGUUGAAAUUAUUUUAUUUAGUCAAGAAAAGUUAUACUAUGUAACAAGUAUAUGAUCACUCGAUGAUUGUUACUAUCAAAUAUUUAUUAUAGGACGGUGUUGCAACUGAUAUUGUAUUGUAUUUGUACAUAUAUUCCACGACCACCAUGUGCAUCAUUUCUACUAGCAUUCACUAUCAUCUUGGUACAGAAAGUAAAGGUAAUAUCAGAAACCACAACCCACUGUGUAACUGAACUUCCGCCUGCACUGCACUAUUGCCAUGGCCGCCUCAGCAAAUAUAAUCUAAUAUCCAGACCUCAUCCGUCAAAGUAAUUCAAGUACCACCACCACAAGCUAUCUAUAUCUAACACUCCAAACUUGGGCACUUAUGAACUUCCUUGAAUUCCUUUAAACGCAGACCUAUGUGUACACCUUACGUCCCUUCCUAAUUUAUUUUAACAAGAUUAAAAUUUAUUAAAUUGUUGUUUUAAUUGCAUAUGAUGGUCUCAGUUUGUUGAUUCAAUCAAAUUUCAUUAAUAUCACAAUUUUCAAUAGAGUUCUCUGAGUUUAACUAUGGCAUGUUGGUGACAGUGACACUGGUUGGGGAUAUGCAGGGUGAAGGAAAGCAGAGUAUGCCGCCGAAAUUCACUUGAGGUUGGGCUGAUAUAGGGAGGAAGGUUGAAGGAGGGGUUCAGGAAGUAACAAGAGCUGAAGACGCAGGGAGUGCUAGCUUUUCUAGUGACUAUCAUAAGACAACAAAAAUAAAAUUAAAGGAAAAUCUUUGAGCAAGUGACCACACAGCCAAACCAAACGAAAUUAAGUAGUUUUCUUAAUUUUGUUGGGAUGAACAAACAAAUCUAUAAAUGAAAAACUGAGAUAUUCAAACACAUUACACCAUACUGACAAAAUGCAUUUACAUCAACAAACCUUUGUAUCUGCCCAACUCCAAACAUUAAGAUUAGGAACAGACAGGACACUGAAGAAAGCACCAUUUGCUAAGAUGUAGAAAGGAGAAAAAAAACUUGUGAUGGACUCAAAUGUCAACCCAUUCGUUAACUAGAUUAAAGAUCUUUGAAAUUUCCAGCCAGCAAGAGGAUACCGACUUUACGACAUUUUGGCUUUGUUCAUAGCACCGAGCAAAUAUUUUUCAAAUCGAAGCAGAUUUCUUGACCUUUCAGUAAUAGACAACCUAAAAAUUCUAAGAACCUCAUAUGAAACUAUCUUUAAAUAUUUUCUGCAGAAUGUGCAUUAGUAUAGCAAGUACACGAGUUAGCUCAUGUCAGAAUCUAAAUAUAAGAGAAGAAUUCCAACAGAAAUACACAAUGAAUGUAAGAACUCUAAUAUAUCACUUUUAUAGACAUAAUAACCUAUGCACACUGUUAUCCAACAAACAGACAUUAGAAAUGAAAAUGAAUUUGUUCACACCUAAAUAGCCUGGAGCAUCACUGCAAGCAUCAAUAGAGUUAGUUUGCAUCUUGAAUCAAUAAACUUAUCUUCUCAUCGAUACUCAACUAAAAGCCAAGUUAACACAAUAUCACAAUUUACAAGCACAUCAAGCAACACAACUAGCAUAUUCAACACAUAGGAACUCCGGAGUAUCGACUCCAUGCACCUCACAAUAGUAAAACCCAGAAAACCAAUGAGCAUGGAUGUUGUAAAAAAUGCACAAGCGUACUGAAUAUCAGUGUUGUAAACUGCACAAUGAGCUUUAUUGCCUCCGGCCCUUGUCUUACAGAAAGAAAUCAAUUGAAUAAAACAGUAAUAU